CUCAGGCUGCUGUCAGAUCCAGCAGAAGUCGCGGUCAUGUACUCCGAGUGGCGCUCUUUACACCUGGUGGUCCAGAACGAUCAGGGUCACCUGAGAGUCUUACACACUUACCCAGCCGGCGUGGGUCGAGACGUGGCAAACGCUGUGGUGCGGCCCCUGGGAAGCAGCCUCGGAGGAGCGCCGUCUGAGUGCCUCCUCAAGACUGACAAGGAGGUGAAAUGGACCAUGGAGGUGCUGUGUUACGGCCUGACACUCCCGCUGGAUGGAGACACGGUUAAGUUGUGUGUGGACGUCUACACUGACUGGAUAAUGGCCCUGGUGUCUCCGAGAGACUCUAUACCCCAGCCCAUCAUUAAAGAGCCUAACCUCUACGUCCAAACCAUCCUCAAACACUUGCACAACCUUUUCCUGCCCAGGUGUGGAAUAGCAGAGAAGCUGGCCGAGAAGUUGAUCAGCGUGCUGUUUGAGGUUUGGUUCCUGGCCUGCACGCGCUGUUUCCCCACGCCGCCCUACUGGAAGACGGCCCGAGAGAUGCUGGCCAACUGGAGACAUCACCCUCCGGUGGUGGAGCAGUGGAGUAAAGUCAUCGCUGCUCUCACUUCCAGGCUGCUGCGGUUCAUGUACGGCCCGUCCUUCCCUCCGUUUAAAGUGCCAGAGGAAGACGCCAGCCUCAUCCCCGCUGAGAUGGACAACGACUGUGUGGGUCAGACGUGGUAUCGAUUUCUGCACAUGCUCAGUAACCCCGUGGACCUGAGCAAUCCCGUCAUAGUGAGUUCCACCCCAAAGUUUCAGGAGCAGUUGUUGGGGGGAAACAGCGUUCCUCACGAGGUCAUUCAGCACCCCUGCCUCAAACAGCUGCCUCAGAUCUUCUUCAGAGCGAUGAGGGGCGCCAGCUGCCUCGUGGACGCUUUCCUCGGUGUUGCUGUUUGUAAGAAACUCGAGUGUCGUGAAACUCUGCCCUCUUCUGGAGUCACAGUGUCUAGGAGCAAUAUUCGAGACAGACUUCCCUCUAUAGGUACUCUAAACCUGUCCAAACCCAAUCAGUUAGUGACUAACAGUGGGCUUAACUACCCAAGUGUUGCUGUAUCUCGGAACAAUUUUCGAGACCGACUCCCAUCUUAUGCAACAUUUUUCCAAAUUCUUCUUUCUUAUAAAUCUUCCAUAGCAACUCAAGCUGGAGUUGAACUGAGACGUAAAGGCUCUCAGAUGUCCACGGACACCAUGGUGUCCAACCCAAUGUUCGACGCCAAUGAGUUUCCUGAUAAUUACGAGUCGGGUCGAGCCGAAGCGUGUGGGACGCUGUGUAGGAUCUUCUGCAGUAAGAAGACUGGAGAGGAGAUACUUGCAGUGUACCUGUCCAGGUUCUACAUGGUCCUCAUGCAGGGUCUUCAGAUAUCGGACUUCAUCUGCAGGCCGGUUUUAGCCAGCAUCAUCCUCAACUCUUCGGCUCUGUUCUGCUCUGAUCUCAAAGGGAUCAAUGUUGUGGUUCCUUACUUCAUAUCUGCGCUGGAGACCAUCCUACCGGAUCGAGAGUUGUCUAAGUUUAAGUCGUAUGUGAACCCCACUGAGCUGAGAAGAGCUUCCAUCCAUAUCCUGCUGUCCAUGCUUCCUCUUCCUCACCACUUUGGCAACGUCAAAUCAGAGGUUCUGUUGGAGGGGAAAUUCAGCAAUGAUGACAACUCUCUUCAUGACAAGGCCGUCACCUUCCUCUCCCUGAAGCUGCGAUUGGUCAAUAUUUUGAUUGGCGCCCUGCAAACAGAGACAGACUCGAUCAAUACACAGAUGAUAUUAGCGGCAAUGCUGAAUAUCGUCCAGGAUUCGGCUCUGUUGGAGUCUGUUGGUGCUCAAGCUGAAGUGGGCAGUGUGGAUGGAAGCCAUUCUCUGGCUAAGAGCCACAGUCGUAAUAACAGCGGCAUCAGCAACACAAGCGCAGGCAGCUCCGAGGCUACGACUCCAGACAGCGAGCGUCCCGCACAGGCCCUGAUGAGGGACUACGGUAAGCCCAGAGGGACACUGUGCACAACCGACCGAUGCAUUAGAGCUGUUGUGAAGGUGAGCGUGGAGUCGUCGGAUCGUAAGCGUGCCGUCAGCUCCGUGUGCAGUUAUAUCGUGUAUCAGUGCAGUCGUCCCGCUCCGCUUCACUCCAGAGAUCUGCACUCCAUGAUCGUCGCUGCUUUCCACUGCCUGUGCGUCUGGCUCACAGAGCACCCCGACAUGCUCAAUGAGAAGGAUUGUCUGAUCGAGGUGUUGGAAAUCGUCGAGCUCGGCAUCUCGGGCAGCAAGUCCAAAACCGGCGAACAGGAAGUGAAGUACAAAGGUGAUAAAGAGCACAACCCGGCGUCGAUGAGGGUUAAAGACGCUGCCGAGGCCACAUUAUCAUGUAUAAUGCAGGUGUUGGGUGCGUUCCCGUCUCCCAGCGGCCCCGCAUCGCCCUGCAGUCUGCUGAAUGAAGACACGCUGAUCAAAUACUCCCAACUCACUUCCACAUCCCACAGCAACUUCAGAUACUUCGUUCUGGAUAACUCCGUCAUUCUUGCCAUGCUGGAGCAGCCGCUGGGAAACGAGCAGAACCCCAGUCCGUCAGUGACCAUGUUAAUCAGAGGCAUGUCCGGUCGACACGCGUGGACAAUGCAGCUCUUCCAUCAGCCUCGAGGAGCAAGAGCCAGUCAGAAGCAAGUGUUUGUUCCUGAAAGCCGACCGGAUCCCAAAAACGAUGUAGGGAUUCGGUUUAACGUCAAGCACAGGCCGUUUCCAGAAGAAGUGGAUAAGAUUCCGUUCGUGAAAGCUGACCUGAGCAUCCCGGAUCUCCAUGACAUUGUAAAUAAAGAGUUGGAGCAGCAGCACGAUAAGCUGCGAGCCGUGAUGGGAAAGCAGAUCGAUUACGAGACGAAACUGGAGCACUGUACGGAGGAGUUAUGGAGGAACAAACCCUUCCCAGACCCGCUGACAGACUGUAAACCGCCAGCUCCCGCUCAAGAGUUCCAGACGGCCCGCCUCUUCCUGUCGCACUUCGGCUUCCUGUCACUAGAGGCGCUCAAGGAGCCUGGAAACAGUCGACUGCCUCCUCACCUCAUCGCUCUGGACUCAUCCGUGCCGGGCUUUUUCGAUGACAUAGGCUACCUGGACCUGUUACCGUCCCGGCCGUGUGACACCGUGUUUAUCUUCUACAUGAAAGCUGGACAGAAGAGCAGCCAAGAGAUCUUGAGGAACGUGGAGUCGUCAGCAAACGUACAGCCACACUUUCUGGAGCUGCUGUUGUCUCUGGGAUGGCCGGUGGAGGUCGGACAGCAUCCGGGAUGGACGGGGAGUGUGUUCACCAGCUGGACUAUCAACACAUCCAACGGCGCUGAGACACCAGGUACGCCCACGCACACGCACACACACACACACACACGCAUACACUCACACACACACACACACUCUCUCUCUCUCUCACACUGUAAUGUUUAUUCUUGCGCUCAGUCCCCGACAGUAAAAAGCAGGAAGUUGCCGGCUGGCAGGGCGAUACCGCCGUUAGGACCAGACGCCAAAGUGUUGGUCGUGUGGGUUGAGCGAUACGAUGACAUAGAGAACUUUCCCGUGUCUGAGUUAUUGGCGGAGACGAGCACCGGUGUGGAGACGGCUGUCAACAGCAGCGCUUCCAGGUCCAGCUCCUCAGAGAAGGAUGUUCCCAUAAUAUUCAUACAUCCGCUGAAGACUGGCCUGUUUCGGGUCAAACUGCACGGUGCUCUGGGCAAAUUCAACAUGGUCAUUCCUCUGGUGGACAACAUGGUGGUCAGCAGGAGAUCACUGGGAUUCCUGGUGCGUCAGACUGUAAUAAACGCGUGUCGGAGGAAGCGUCUCGAGAGCGACUCUUACAGCCCGCCACACGUGCGGCGGAAACAGAAAAUCACAGAAAUUGUGAACCGCUACCGUAACAAGCAGCUAGAGCCCGAGUUUUACACCUCGCUGUUCCUGGAGGUCAGAGAGAGCACUACAGGACAGAAGGUUUUGUGGCCCCGUAAGGUUCUGGCUCUCGUCCCGCCGUGGGUUCCUGUGAUCCUGUGCCAAGUGUCCAUCUUACCCGCAGGGGUCUGGAGCGGCUCUCGUGUGUCUCGGGAGACGCUGCUGUUGUCUGGAAACAAACACACAGAGCUUCAGUAUGACGAGUACGCAGAGCCUUAUUCAGCAGCCCAGGAGGCAAAUGUUGGAUCUGCUCGUGAUGCUCGCCGUCGUCAGCGUGCUGGAUGUGUGUCUUGUGUUGUGGAUGGGUAUAAGUAUGGUGAAUUAGGGUGA